CCAAGGCUGAGCCAAUCGCAGCGGCCCUCCGUCGCCGUGGCAACCGCCGGUAAACAAGAUGGCGGAGGAGGAUGCCAGCCUGCCUCUUAGGACAGAGAAUCCAGAGCAAGGCAGCCUCCCAUCGCGUUCAAAGGAGACAACACUGGAAAAGAACAUGCAGGACACAGCUCACGCUGACACGGAGCUCCAGUCCUCCCUGAUGCAAAAAAUCACUCUGUUGGAACAAAAAAUAGUGGAGCAGGCACAAGAAAUCCAACUGAAGGACAGGAGGAUUGCUGAGCUUGAAGAGAAGAUGAAGACCCUUCAGAAAGAAGCAGAUCCUCCUGACUCAUUCACAACAGAGGAACUGGAAAUGAGGUGCCUUCAGCUGCAGCUCCAGGUCUGGCAGAUGGAGCAGUUUCUGAGUGACUAUGGUCUGAUUUGGGUUGGAGAGAGACCUGAAGAACUGGAAGAUGUAGAAUUGCCCAAGGAUGAAGAACAGCUGCCAGGAAGGAGCUUCUGGAAGCCAGGUGAAGCAGUUGUUCCCCAGCACCACAUUGAUUUUGAUGUACUCUUGGAGAAGGUGAAGGAUCUGAACUUGCUGGCUGGAGAGGGCAUCUCUCACAUUGAGCACAAGCCUGGGGGAGCUCGGCUCAGGCAGCCAGAACCCCUCCCUCUCACACUGUAUCAGAAUGGGAUUGUCAUGUCCAACGGACCCUUUCGGCCCUAUGAGGACCCAUCCACACAGCAAUGCCUACAGGAUAUUAUGGAUGGCUAUUUCCCUUCGGAGCUGCAAAAGCGUUACCCUGAUGGCAUCCCAUUGCAGGUCACUGACAGAAGAGACGUGGUAUUUCAGGAGAGACACCCUCCAGGGAGCUUUCCUGGUCAUGGCCAAGUGGUUGGCCAUUCAAAAUCAAGUGAGGUGCAGGAAACCACCCAGAUCCCAGGUCCCAAAAUCGCCUUGGAGCAGCUUCUCAAUGAGCUUUCCAAGCCCUUGAAACACACAGAAGAGGCAACUGGUGCCCACAGCUCAGCCAGAGCAGCACAGCAGGCCUCUGGAGGGGUGCGCAGCAGCAAGGAGAUCCUGGUGGAGACACCCAGGCUGCCUGCCCUGGAGAGGGUGAAGGUGGCUGAAGAGGCUGAAGCCCCUGCCCCUGGUGUCUGCACUCUCCGCAUCAAAUCAGAGAGCGGGGAGCAGACGUACAUCGUAAAGAUGCUGUUCACAGAGACCAUUGGGGACCUGCGCCAGCACCUCGCCCGUGCCAGGGGUGGAGACUUCGACUCAUAUGAGAUCAUCAGCACCUUUCCCCAGAGGGUGUACACGGACAACUCACAGAGCCUGCAGGAAUGUGGCCUGACCCCCAACGCCUGCUUGCUGCUGCAGAGACCCCUGCCAGCCAGAGGGCUGCAAAAAGCUUAACAACUCCUAGCAAGAGCUGCUCACCCAAAUUCUGCAAGAGGAAGGAGCUGCCUUGCACCUUUAGCUGUGUUAUAACCUCCCCUGGCUGGGAAAAGAGGAGAGGGGUGACUUUUCAGACUUAAGUUUCAUUGUGCUGUUACCUGGGACAGAGAGCAGUGCUCAGAGGCAGCAGGUUGAUGCUCUUCCCCAAGACCACUGGGCUCCUAAUGCAGGGGGCAUUUCUGUCAGCUCACACCCAAGCCCGGUUUCCUCAUCUCUGCUGAAGGUGACACAGGUUGAUGCCAGCCCAGGGAAGGCCACCAGCUUUACACUGGUCCUGCACAGUGGCUUAGCUCAGGGAUUCUCUACUGCAGCAGGACAGACAAACAGCCAGGGUCAAUUUGCUUUCCACACACAGCUGCUCCCCAGCGAUUUCACCUGCCCUUACACAUGAGAUAAACAGGCUCAGUUGUAUGGUCCCUGGUGAAGCUGAACCAAAAGGCUUUGAGCCGUUGCAAGGCUGGGUCUGAGCCAGGCUCUGCUCAGCCAGGAGAUCCUGCUGCUGGGUUUCCUGUGCGUGAACAACUCCUUCCCUUGGACAGCCCCCAGCUCCGGCGGGGCCCCGGCUCACAGCCACACCGAGCUGCCAGCCUGGCUCCCUCCCUCCCUGCUGCAGCCACGGGCUGGAUGCUGCAACAGGACACCGUGUCAUUGGAGAAGAGCAUAAUCCCACUGCUGCUUCCCUGCUGAAGCAUGAAUAAAGCAUCUUCCUCC